AUGUGGGAAGAAGUGAAAGCUAUAAUUGCAAUGCUCGUGGUACAGUUUAUGUUUGCAGGAAUGUUCAUUUUGUUUAAAAUAACAGCCGAUGAUGGUACAAAUCUCAAAGUUUUCGUGGCUUAUCGUCUCUGUUUCGCUACUCUUUCCAUGCUUCCCCUCGCCCUCAUCUUCCAGAGGGAGAAGCGGCCAGAGUUUACAUGGAGGCUGCUCUUACUAGCAUUUGUUUCGGGGUUGCUCGGAGCGGCGAUACCAAAUAUUCUCUAUUUGCCAGGUAUGGCUUUAACAUCAGCUACAUUUUCGACUGCGGCCAGUAUCCUUGGUCCGUUGAUCACCUUGGUUUUGGCCUUAAUUUUUAGGAUGGAGACUCUACGGCUGGGAUCGAACGAAGGGAGGGCUAAGUUGAUGGGGACGCUGCUUGGUGCUGGUGGGGCCAUCGUAUUUCUAUUAUACAAAGGUGUUGAGAUUCAUAUCUGGUCAACACACGUUGACUUACUUAAAAGCUCGAAUAGUCAUCAAUCAAAUGGCCAAGUCACUUCGAACCACCACAUAUCAAUCCCUGGGGUUCUUAUGGCAAAAGUAGGAAAGCAAUUUGGAGGAAAUUACUGGAACAUAGGUCUGAUGAAUGCGAUGGGAGGCUUGGUGUGCAUGGUUGUUGCUCUAUGCUCGGAGCAUGACUGGAAGCAAUGGCGAUUAGGAUGGAACAUUAGCCUCUUAACUACCAUUUAUUCGGGAGUCGUAGUUUCAGGAAUGGUCAUGCCUCUUAUUGCGUGGUGCGUUGAAAGAAAAGGUCCGCUGUAUGUUACGGUGUUUAGCCCUGUAAGACUAGUGAUCGUAGCCCUCGCCGGAUCAUUUGCUUUAGAGGAAACUCUUCAUUUGGGAAGUAUAAUCGGUGCAAUGAUAAUGGUGGGAGGAGUAUACCUGGUGGUGUGGUGUAAAAUGAAGGAAACGAAGAGUGUCUCUACGACAUCGGACAGUAUUGAAAUUGAUAAGAAUAUCAAAGAAGUGAACCUGGGCAAUAUAUCAGCAGUGAAUAAUAGAGAUGUCCCAUGA